AAGUCGGCAUCCUGAAGGCAGUCUUAGCGGCGCCUUGUUUACAUGCAAAUGGCGGCAGCGCGUCGGGCGAGAAUCGUUAUUUCUUUCCUCACUAGUUCCCCCGUGUGUGAGAGAGCCCCGCCCGCGCCCACACUUCCGCACCCCCGCCCACGCCCAGUGAAGCAGUGUGAAGACCAGCUCCCAUUGGUCAAGCAAGGUGCCAGCCUGCAUCCCGUUAGCUAAGACAAGACUUGGAGCUACAGGACUGGACCACUUACAACACUGCACUGCUGAUUCCGAGUCUGGGCAUGUGUGUGGGUUCACGUGUGCGCGUGCACGCACAUGUGUGUGUGUGCGCAUGUGCGUGUGUGUGAGUUGUGUGUGUGAGGAAGUAGAGGCAUAAUUGAGUGUGUGUGUGUGUGUGUUUGUGUGCGCACACGCACUUGUGUGUGUGUGCGUGUGUGUGUAUGUAUGUGUGCGUGUGUGUGCAUAUAUGAAGGUGUGCUGGCAGAGAGGAAGAGAGAGAUAAUCAUCAGGAGGAAAGUGAGAGUGAGAAAUUCUUUGAUUGUGAGAGUGUGAGAGAGAUUAAUUGUUUUUGUUCAUGGGAGAGAGAAAGAUUGACUGACGUGAGAGAGAGAGAGAGAGAGAGAGAGGGGAAGGGAGAGAAAUCUCGUGCAGGAAGACGAACAAGAAGAAACCGUGUCAGCAUUGGGUGGAGUGUGGGAGUUGGAGGAGGAGGAGGAGAGCAGAGGCAGUGGAGGCCGACCAACACCUGUGGACAGCCCUAAGAGGAGGAGGAGCAAGAGGAGGAGGACAUGCACCACCAUGGAUAUCCCUCUUGACCUGAAGCUGUUCAUGAACAACACCACCCAGAAGGUGUACAAGUGUGACCAGUGCAAUGCCUCCUACUCGGACAAAUCUUACUUCGACCUGCACAAGCAGACGCACCAGAAGGGCGGCGGCGGCGGCGGCGAGAAUGGCGGGGAGGGCGAGGUGGAGGCGGAGGAGCUGCCGGCCACGGUGCAGAUCGUGAUGCCGGCGCCUGCCCACCAGCAUGACCCACAGGUCCUGCAGGAGCAGCAGCAGCUUACCGCCUUCAAGCGUGCCUACGGCGGUGAGCUGCACCAGAUCUAUGAGAUAACACCCUCCACGCGCUAUCAGGUGGUGACCUCCGGCACGCCCCACGUGCUGACGGCCGUCACCCUCACCUCACUGCCUGUGCAGGUCUCUGGCACCGUCACGGGCCAGGUCACCUCACUGCCGUCCUACACCACGCCCACCUAUGUGUUGACGGAGCAGCCAGCUGCCCCGCAGCAGGGGGUGGCUGCCCCCCGCACUGCCACGCUGCACCAGGAUGUGACUCAGCAGCAGCAGCAGCAGCAGCACCAGGACCACCACCACCAUCACCACCACCAACAGGCAACGGUGCAGCAGCAGCAACAGCAGCAGCAACAACACCAACACCAACACCAACAACAACAACAACAGCAGCAACAACAGCAGCAGCAGCAGCAGCAGCAACAACAACAACAACAACAACAACAACAACAACAGCAGCAGCAGCAGCAACAACAACAACAACAACAACAACAGACCACUGUACAGCAUCAGCAGGCCACUGUGCAGCAGCAGCAGCAGGCCACGGUCCAGCAGCAGGCCAGUGUGCAGCAGGGCGGGCAGCAGCAGCAGCAGCGGCUGGUGAUUGCGCUGGACCCAAAGGAGCGGCCGUACAAGUGUGACCAGUGCACGGCAUCAUUCAUUGACCACGGGGAGCUGGUGGAGCACAAGAAGAAGCACAGCGGGGACGGCCCCUUCACCUGCGAGGACUGCCACUUUACCUUCAUGUACAAGAGUCACUUCCGCAGCCACAAGACACGCUGCCUCAAGAAGCGCGCCCUCAUGCCGCACCCACCCAAGCCCAUCCUCAACCCCGGCCCCAUCAAGCGCCAGUUCCCCACCCACCAGACACCUCAGAAGGCCCAGCCCCCUGCCCCUCAGCAGCCACCGCCCCCGCCGGUGCAGCACCACCACGCCCCAGCCGCUGCCACCCGCACCGGGGGCCGCACGGGGGGCCAGCACACCCGCCAGGCCUCGGGAGGUGGCACCCCCUCCUUCAAUCCCAGCAACCCCACCUUCAAGCGACAGCGCAAGGAACAGCGGCUGGACCGGCCCUUUGAGUGCCAGGAGUGCGACGCAUCGUUCCAGACGGCGCAGGACCUGCAGACCCACAAAGCCAAGCACACUGGUGAGGGCCCCUUCAAGUGUGAGGAGUGCCGCUUUGUCUUCCUCUACCGCAAGCUGUACGAGGCGCACCGCCGCCGCUGUGAGAAGAAGCGCAAAGACCUUGGCCUGGCCGCUGCCACCACCCAGGCACAGCCCCAGGUCCAGGCUGUGCAACAGCAGCAGCAACAACAACAACAACAACAACAGCAGCAACAGCAGCAGCAGCAGCAGCAGCAGACCACAACCACGGUGGCAGCGCCAGCCCAGGUGGUGCAGACAGUGGCGGGACAGCAGGUGCAGAUCCAUGGCGGCCGUGCCACACUGGCGGCUGCUCCCACCACAGUGCAGCUGUCCGGCCCCAUCCAGAUUCAUGCCACGGCCGUGCCAGGCCACCCCCAGGCUGCUGUGAUAGACAUGCGGUCGGUGCAGGGUGGGCAACAGGGGCAGCAGGUGCAGACGCUGCAGCACCCCGCACUCAUAGAGCAGGUGAUUCACGUCACACCGGUGCCCACCACGCUGCCCGGCGGCCGCCAGGAGAUCAAGUACGACAUCGUGCAGAAUCCUGUGGACGUGUCUGACGUGAACCAGAUCAUGAACCUCAUCAAGGUGAAGGGACACCCACAGUAGUGCCAGACAGCUGCUGCUGCCUUCUCUAGCUGUGCCGUGUUGCUCACAGGGUGACACAGUGCCAGCUGGUGCCAUCCCGCCCCCCAGGCACCCAGCGCUGCCUGGCAUGUGACGCGGUGUGUGCACUGCGUCUGCAGGAAGUUGCUCGUGUGUGAAUGCGUCUGGUGCUGGACAGACAGACAGACACAGACGGGUGUGCAGUGUGUAAUGAACAAUUUUACCUCCCAGGGGGCGGUGCCCCACCCCGGGUCCCUCAGGAGUGCCAGGCCGUGCAGCAAUCACAGCGGUGCCGCAGCCCCACGCUGUGCUGCGCUGCGCUCCGGGCGCCGUGUUAGUCUAUUUUUUUUAUCGUUCCUUAAUCUGUAAGACAAGAUAACAAGUAAAGAUGACAAGAA